UCGAGAAGUGACAUCAUCGCUUGGGUUGGACUCGGACGUCUGAAGCUUGUUUUGCUACAUUGUUGUCGUUUUAGUUUUUAUUUUUAUAUAACUUAACAGUGAUACAGUCCAUCAUUUUUCUUUUCAGAAUCCAGCAGAACAGUGUGUAAUCUGCAAAAAUGAAAUGGAUGUUUAAAGAAGAUCAUUCCCUGGAACACAGGUGCGUGGAGUCGGCCAAAAUCCGCAACAAAUAUCCUGACAGGGUCCCGGUGAUCGUGGAGAAGGUGUCGGGUUCACAGAUCGUGGACAUCGACAAGCGGAAGUACCUGGUCCCCUCCGACAUCACGGUGGCCCAGUUCAUGUGGAUCAUCAGGAAGCGGAUCCAGCUGCCGUCCGAAAAGGCCAUCUUCCUGUUUGUCGACAAGACCGUCCCCCAAUCCAGCCUGACGAUGGGACAGCUGUACGAGAAGGAGAGGGACGAGGACGGGUUUUUGUACGUGGCGUACAGCGGAGAGAACACGUUCGGCUUUUAGACCUCCGAGGCUCUCCUCCGACGACCCUCCUGCCUGACCAGCCCGAUCACUACCGCCCCCCUGCCCUCUCUCUCCCCAACACCCGUCCCC